CCAAAACCCCCACCUUUUCUCCAAUAUCUCGAUCCAAUUGCGAUCAGAGAGAGAGAGAGAGAGAGAGAGAGAGAGCAAGCCCCUGUUUGCAGACCGCGACCAUGAUCGAGACUUAUCUCGGCCGCGGCGGCGAUUCCGGAUCGUUCCCGAUGGCGAUGUUCCUCCUCUGGGCUCUGACCUUUGCGUCUGCUUUCUAUUGGCGCCCAAGCUGGCGCCCUAAUUAUGCGAGGGUCCGCGUCGGGAUCCUCAAGUUGGUCCCGCUGCCGAGGGCGAACUUCGAUUUGAAGGAGUUUGGAGGGGUCGGAGACGGGAUGACGGAUAACACGGAGGCGUUCGAGGCGGCGGUGGCGGCGAUCAGAGAGGAGAGGGGGAUGGGACAGCUUGAGCGUUGGCAGCGGGGUCUGACGGGGGCGUUCAAUCUGACCAGCCAUAUGACUCUCUUUCUUGAUAAAGACGCUGUCAUUCUCGGAAACACGGAUGAGGAAAAAUGGCAAUUGAUGCCUCCAUUACCAUCAUAUGGUGUUGGGAGGGAGCACGAUGGCCCUCGAUUUGGAAGUCUAAUUCAUGGGCAAAAUCUUCAAGAUGUCGUUAUAACAGGUAACAAUGGUACCAUAGAUGGUCAAGGUCAAGUGUGGUGGACAAGAUUCAAACAAAGAGCCCUUAAUAAUACAAGAGGGCCGCUUGUGCAGUUCAUGUGGUCAAGGGACAUAGUAAUCUCAAACAUCACUCUACGCAAUUCUCCAUUCUGGAAUCUUCAUCCUUAUGACUGCAAGAACGUGACUGUUUCAAACGUUACCAUCCUGGCGCCAGUUACCGCAGCCCCAAACACCGACGGAAUAGAUCCAGAUUCUUGCGAGGACAUGCUGAUAGAGAAUUGUUACAUAGCUGUAGGGGAUGACGGAAUAGCAAUUAAGAGUGGUUGGGAUCAAUAUGGAAUCAGAUAUGGCCGACCAUCUUCCAACAUUGUCAUCCGCAAUCUCACUCUUCGCUCCACUGUGAGUGCAGGAAUAUCCAUAGGCAGCGAGAUGUCUGGUGGCGUUGAAAACGUCACUGUUGAAAACAUUCAUGUCUGGGACUCAAGACGAGCCAUCAGAAUAAAAACUGCUCCAGGGAGAGGCGGCUACAUUCGUAAUAUCACCUACAACAACGUCACCAUUGACAAUACCAUGCAUGGAAUUGUGCUAGUUACUGAUUACAAUCAACACCCUGAUGAAGAAUACGAUCGUGCUGCCAUCCCAAAUGUUGAGAACCUGUCUUUCACAGGGAUUUAUGGCAAGGAUGUACGAAUUCCUGUCCAAAUAUUGGGCAGUGAAGAUAUUCCUAUUCGAGGAGUCAGCUUUCGAAACGUCACUAUGAAGCUUCACAAGAAGAAGGAUAAUGUGUUUCAAUGUGCUUAUGUCGAAGGUCGUGUUUUUGGCUCUAUUUUUCCCGCACCGUGCAAAAAUCUUGACCGGUAUGAUGAUAAUGGACAGCUGGUGAUGAAGUCUACCUCACAUAAUGUCAGCCUCAUCGAUUAUGCCCUCUGAGGUGUUUACCUUCCUGUUAUUAUACAAAAAUCCAACCCAGAAAAAGCAGAAAAAGAAAAUCCACCCGUAUACCAUAUGUAGGUUUCGGCUUUGUAGAUAGUUGAGUUGUACAAUGGACCACGAGUUCACACUUUUUUUCUUCGUUAUUGCUUAUAGAAUUUGACUUAGUUUUGCCUAUGGAUGCAGUCUCCUGGUUACAAAUUUUACUUUCCCAUACAUUUUUAAGUUCUAUUUUCUA